CAUGAGACUCCAUUUACUGCUUUCUGUUCUCCUCCUCUCUUUGACUAUAAUACCAAAAGCAAGUACUGGCCUUAUUCCAGGACAAAAACAAUGUAUUCUUCUGCAAGGGGUGUGCAAAGAUGGAGGAUGCACCAGCACGGAUGAUACCAUUGGUGUAUGUAAUGAUCAAAAAAAAUGUUGUAGAAGGUGGUGGGUACUUCUUCCCUAUCCAACGCCAGUUCCCAAAUCAAAAUCUCCUUGAUGACAGCAAACUGUAAGCCCUUCGAACUCUAGAACACAUGGAUGAACUUCACAGACUCCUGUUUGACUCAGAACUCCAGAACCCAAGGAUAAAUUAUACAGACUCCUCUUAAACUUGCUUUUCUCCCUUGA